CUUCGAGCAUGAGCAAGCCGGCGGGAUCAACAAGUCGCAUUUUAGACAUCCCUUGCAAAGUGUGUGGUGACCGUAGCUCCGGGAAACACUAUGGGGUUUACGCCUGCGAUGGGUGCUCGGGAUUUUUCAAACGGAGCAUCAGGAGGAAUAGGACCUAUGUUUGCAAAUCGGGAAAUCAGGGAGGCUGCCCGGUGGACAAGACGCACAGGAACCAGUGCCGGGCCUGCCGGCUGAAGAAGUGCUUGGAGGUCAACAUGAACAAAGAUGCAGUGCAGCACGAGCGGGGACCCCGGACAUCGACGAUACGGAAGCAAGUGGCCCUCUACUUCCGUGGGCACAAGGAAGAGAGUGGCAGCACCCAACACUUCCCCACUGCUGCCUUGCCGGCGCCUGCCUUCUUCACCGCUGUCUCCCAGCUGGAGCCCCACAGCCUGGAGCUGGCUGCUGUUGCUGGUACCCCUGAGAGACAGGCUCUGGUGGGCCUAGCACAGCCCACCCCAAAGUACCCACAUGAAGUCAACGGUACCCCCAUGUAUCUCUAUGAAGUGGCCACCGAAUCUGUCUGUGAGUCAGCAGCCAGACUUCUGUUCAUGAGCAUCAAGUGGGCCAAGAGUGUCCCAGCCUUCUCCACCUUGUCCUUACAAGACCAGCUGAUGCUUUUGGAAGAUGCUUGGAGAGAACUGUUUGUUCUAGGAAUAGCACAAUGGGCCAUUCCAGUUGAUGCUAACACUCUACUGGCUGUAUCUGGCAUGAAUGGUGACAAUACAGAUUCUCAGAAACUGAACAAAAUUAUUUCAGAAAUACAGGCUUUACAGGAGGUUGUGGCUAGAUUUAGACAACUUCGGCUUGAUGCUACUGAAUUUGCCUGUCUCAAAUGCAUUGUCACUUUUAAAGCUGUGCCUACACACAGUGGUUCCGAACUGAGGAGUUUCCGGAACGCUGCUGCUAUAGCAGCCCUCCAAGACGAAGCCCAGCUCACUCUGAACAGCUACAUUCAUACCAGGUACCCCACACAACCCUGCCGUUUUGGAAAACUUUUAUUGCUUUUACCAGCUUUACGUUCAAUUAGUCCAUCUACAAUAGAAGAAGUGUUUUUCAAAAAGACCAUUGGGAAUGUACCAAUUACAAGACUGCUUUCAGAUAUGUACAAAUCCAGUGACAUAUAAACUCCCUUAAAAUAAAAAAAUCAGGAUGAACAGUUUGAGAAGAACUUUUAUCUAUGGAGAAUAAGCCUCAACUAACAAAAUCUACAGGAAGCAUAAGCCUGGGAAUGUUUAGCCUUUAAACCCAUUGACAAAAAAUACCCCAGUAGAUAUGAUUCUGCUGCUCUGAACAGAGUGAUUUAGAUCAUGGAGAGAAUGCUUUGUUCUACAGAAAAAGUGAAAGUGGUUGGAAUUUGGCUGCUAUUCCUGUUACUACAGGAUGGAGGCAAUUCAGAUGCCAGUCAUAGUUAACAAAGACUCUGCUAUUCUCUCAUUUAACUGGCAGAUCUGAGACAAAAUGUGAAAGAAGGUACUUUAGUUUGUUCAGUAUUUGGAACUGGGUGACCAAACUUGGCUUCUAAUGUAACAUGAGAUGCGGUGGCCUUCAGAACUCUUUUAAAAGUAGCCUAUAUUGGGAAAAUGUUUUUAAUAUGGUAGGCAACAUUUAAGACCAGGUUACCAAAACAUUGCUUCUGCUAUAAUACAUCAUGAAGUGGCCUUCAGAACUGAUUAAAAAAGUAGCUUAUGACGGCAGCUCCAUUCUUCCUGCAAAAUGAACUGGUGAUCUUUGAUGCGGAUGUCCCCACGAUUUGGUUAACAUCUCAGAGACAGAAGAGCUUUAUAUACUCCCUCCCUGACCUUCCUUCCUUCUUCUUCCACACACGCAGACACAUGUUCACACACAUGCCUGAAGAGACAUUAAGACAAGAAAGGAAGACUAAAACAGCAAAACCAAAUACAAUGGAGAAUACUGCUUCAGUGACCUGCUGGCUGGCCUCUUGGCACAGUGCUGAAACCAAAGGCAAUGGUGGCCAAACUCUUUGUCAAUGAGAUGUGCAGAGAAGCAAAAUGACUAUUAAAAAAAAAUAAAAUGAAGGACUUUUAUUUCAAAGAAAUAAAGGUUCUUGACUGAUACAAUGCUAACAAUUUCCAAAAGUCUCCAAUGCCUUUUUAGAAAACUCCAGGUUUUAAUUUUGAAGCCUUGUUCACCUACACCCUCUCACACACAAAAAUGUUAUAAGCUGCUUAUUUGAUGUAUGAAAAAUGUAGAAAAAAACCAUUUAAAGAUAGCUGCUGUACUUUUCAAAUUUUGAUUUGUUAUUAGGAACUAGCACUGAGAAAAAUCAGCACUUGGACUAUCAUAGAAUGAGUAAAACUUUUCUUGUACAAAGUGGAUUAACUGAUUUGUGAAGUUAAAAAGUU